GCCUAUAUGGCUGCACAGAUGGAUCAAUUUGUCUAUUACCUACUGCUGUCAAACUUUAAAAGAAUAUGACUGACAUGCUUGCCAUUAUUGCAGGCCACUAAAGGAGCACGCCAUCAGCACGCAAACAUCAUGUCUGGUUCAACCAUCCUGGCUGGACUGUGCAUUGUGCUAGGUCUUCAAAUGGUGUCAUCUACCAAACUGGUGUGCUACUUCACCAACUGGUCCCAGUACAGACCCGGGCCUGGCAAAUACCUGCCUGCCAACGUGGACCCCUUCCUCUGUACACACCUAAUAUAUGCCUUCUCCAUUAUCAACUAUGCUAAUGAACUGACCUCCUAUGAAUGGAAUGAUGAUGUUCUCUACAAGGCUUUUAAUGGACUCAAGACUAAAAACCCAGAACUGAAAACCCUGUUGGCUGUUGGUGGGUGGAAUUUUGGAUCUGCACAAUUCACCAUAAUGGUUUCAUCCUCGGCCAACCGCCAGAAAUUCAUCCAGUCCGCUAUCAGCUUCCUGAGGAUACAUGGUUUUGAUGGGCUGGACUUGGACUGGGAGUAUCCAGGAGCACGGGGAAGUCCUCCAGAGGACAAGGAGAGAUUCACUCUGCUCUGCAAGGGGAUAAUUGCCGCAUUUGAAAAGGAAGCUGCUGACACCAGAAAACCAAGGCUACUCAUCACAGCCGCAGUGGCUGCUGGGAAGGCAAACAUUGAAAACGGCUAUCAGAUUGCUGAAGUGUCAAAGUACCUGGACUUCUUGAACAUCAUGACCUAUGACUUCCAUGGGGCGUGGGACCCGUUUACUGGCCACAACAGCCCCCUGUACAUUGGUUCUGCAGACACAGAAGAGAAUAUCUACUAUAAUGUGGACUUUGCGAUGAGGUACUGGAGAGAUCAAGGCGCUCCUGUUGAAAAACUCAUGCUUGGUUUCGCCACCUAUGGGCGCACAUUUCAAAUAUCUUCAGCAGUGAAUGGUGUAGGAGCCCCCACCAGUGGAAGUGCCUCCGCUGGCCCCUAUACCCGCGAAGCUGGGUUUUGGUCCCAUUAUGAGAUUUGCACUUUCCUCCAAGGAGCCAGUCUCAACUGGAUUGAUGACCAAAUGGUUCCCUACGCCACAAAAGGAAAUGCAUGGGUUGGAUUUGACAACAAGCAGAGCUUUGAAAUCAAGGUACGGUAUCUAAAUGAUAACAAAUUUGGAGGAGCCUUCAUAUGGGCUCUGGACCUGGAUGACUUUGCUGGACAAUUUUGCGGACAGGGAAACUACCCACUUAUCAGCCACCUUCACUCUCUUCUAAAUUCAGAUUUGCCACCUCUCCCUCCCGUACCCACCCAUCUGCCAGUGAACAUAACCAGCGGCCCGAAUCCAACCACUACCACCACUGCCGCAGCCACCACCCGCAGUACCACCACCACCACCACCAUCCCCAGCAGUAACUUCUGUGAGGGGAAACCAAAUGGCCUCUAUGUCAAUGAAAAUGAUGCCAACACCUUUUAUAAUUGCUUCAUGGGAAACACCCAUCUCCAGAGAUGUCCUGCUGGACUUGUUUUUAGUGAACAAUGCCAAUGCUGCAACUGGCCUUGAUGAAAUACCGGGAAGUUACCUGUAUAGAAAUGUGUUUUAUUUCUAAAUUCACACAUUUGCAAAUGUUGAGAUAUGACACCAGUGUUUUUGUAUGACUAUGUGUUACUGUGUACUAUUAUUUUGUUUACGACUUUGUUUGUCCACAAGUGGGCGGUGUUGCGCUUGCAUGCGCGGAUUGAUUACGUCACUGAGACGCUGUUCAUUUUCUUCUCCUCCCAAAACGACCGAAUAAACGAAGGCUGCAUUUUUUCC